CUCUCUAUCUCUCUCUCUCUCUCUCUCUCUCUCUCGAGAUUUGCUCUCUUGCUCGGACUAGCUCCUGCUUGUGCCAGAUUUCUAGGUUUUUGCCUAAUUUGAUUGUAGUUAUAUUCAUGAUUCAUAUUCCGUUUGGCUAUGAUGCUUGAGGUCAUACCUGCAACGAAAGAGAAUUUUGAUUGUGAUCACAAUCGCAUCAACCUUGCAUUCAACAAAUUGAUGAAGCAGAUAGGCAAUCCAGUUGAGUUUGAACUUCCAGAGUGGUUUAAUAAAUGGAAGCUCACACCUUACACCUUCAUAAAGCGCAAUAUAUAUCUCACCAAGAAAAUUAAAAGGCGCCUUGAAGAUGAUGGCAUAUUCUGUUCCUGCAGUUCAUCACCAGGUUCUUCUGGUGUUUGUGGUAGAGAUUGCCAUUGUGGGAUGCUACUGUCUAGCUGCUCCGCAGGAUGCAAAUGUGGGAGUUCAUGCCUCAACAAACCCUUUCAACACCGACCUGUGAAGAAAAUGAAACUAGUACAGACCGAGAAAUGUGGAGCUGGGAUUGUGGCAGAUGAAGAUAUUACACAGGGAGAGUUUGUAAUAGAGUAUGUUGGCGAAGUCAUAGAUGAUAAGACCUGUGAGGAAAGGCUUUGGAAUAUGAAACACCGUGGAGAGACAAAUUUUUACUUGUGUGAAAUUAAUCGAGAUAUGGUAAUUGAUGCUACAUACAAGGGAAACAAGUCAAGAUACAUAAACCACAGUUGUUCUCCUAAUACUGAGAUGCAGAAAUGGAUAAUUGACGGUGAGACAAGAAUUGGCAUAUUUGCAACUCGUGACAUAAAAAAGGGCGAGCAUUUGACCUAUGAUUAUCAGUUUGUUCAAUUUGGUGCAGAUCAGGACUGCCAUUGUGGUGCUGCUGGCUGCAGGAGAAAACUAGGGGUUAAACCCAGCAAGCCUAAGAUGUCUUCAGAUGCUGCAUUAAAAUUAGUAGCAUGCCAGGUGGCAGUGUCCUCUCCUAAAUUGAAAGCAAUUUUAUCUGGGAAAGAUGUUUAUCAGAAUGGAGGUUUGCAUACAGGGAAUUCACAGCAUGCUCACAGUAAACGACAGACAUGUUCUCGUAAUUGCAUUGGUGAAGUGAUUAAAAUAUUUCGUCCAUAUAAUGAUAGAUCUUUUGGGAUGAUCAAACGAUUUGAUAAGCAUUCAAGAAAACAUGCGAUAAUGUUUGAAGACGGUGCAGUUGAAUUUCUAGACAUGUCAAAGGAAGAUUGGGAAUUUGUAACUUUGUGAUCUAGCCCCAAGGUGACGAUGGACUUACAUCGGCAAAUGUCGUAAUAUUUGAUUUUACGACCCUGUUCUGUGCUCACAAAAACAAGAUUGGUCUUGCACAUUUUUGCAAGAAUGUUGUAUACAAUAUAUCGUAUGCAUUUUUUUUUAAUCUUUGAUAUGUUUUUUUAACCUGUGGCAAUCGAUGGAGAAAACAGUAAUCUGGAGGAGCCACUCGCAUUGUAGACUGGUUGUGGCAGGGCGGACUUUGGAAAUAGCAGGUAGGUUAACAUGCCCAACUGUUGGGCCAGUGGUCUAAGAAUGGUCUGUCAUACCAUAUGCUGUGGCUUGUGUUGAUGGUGCCAUUUGCAAGCAUCAAGCUACAACGGAAUUGCAUGCCCAGAAAUCGAAGGCAGCCGGGGAACAAUUGGAUUUUUGUUUUUCUCAAAAAUUGAUAGGUUUAUUGUGAUAGCUUGAUGGGGCUCAUGUAUUUUUCCGUGCUAGAACUUAUCUUAGGGACUCUGGUAGAAGGAUACAAGAUAUAUAAUUAGGGAACAUAAGAAUCAACCGAAUAAAAUAAUUUGAUUUAGUUUGGUUUUUGUA